CUCUCGCUCUAGAUAGGAGAUAGAGAGAGAAAGCGAAGGGUAAGAUCGAGGUAGCUAGCAGCAGUAGUAUUCCCUUUCUCUCUCUUGGAUAGUAGAUACUAGAUAGAGUGAGCGAGAGAGAGAGUCAGCCUUGAACUAUAGAAGAAGCAGGAAGGAAACAGGCAUCCCUUUCCCCGCCCCGCUUGGCUUUUUGCCUACCCCGCUACCCGGCCCGUUCUCCUCCGCUACCCCCCCCCUCUCUUCCCUGCACCUCAUACUCCCUAGUAUCCUGCUCCCUAGGCCACGCCUCCGUUCACAUAGGCACAGGUCGGCCUUGCCUGGCGAUAAGGAGCGUGCGCGCGCCGCGCGGCCGGGGGCCAUGGCGUUCCACAGCCACCUACCACACGAGAUGUCCAUGCCGCCUCUCGGCGCGGACGACGCUGCGGCUGCGGCCGCUGCUGCUGCGGCCGCGGGCGGGGGAGGCGCGCCGCCGGCGUGGAUGAGGUACGGCGACGGGAGCUUCCUGCACCUGCAGACGACGUCGGACUCGUCCGCGUCGCCGUCGGCAGCAGCAGCGGCAGCGGCGGCGGUGCAGUGGAACAUGGGGGGAGGCGAGGACGCGGUCGCGGCGAUAGGCGGCGUCGUCGGGGCGGAGGCCGAGGCGGACGCAGCGCGGUGCAAGGCGGAGGUACUGGCGCACCCGCUGUACGAGCAGCUGCUGUCGGCGCACGUGGCGUGCCUCCGCAUCGCCACGCCGGUGGACCAGCUCCCGCGCAUCGACGCGCAGCUCGCGCAGUCGCAGUGCGUCGUCGCCAAGUACUCCGGCCUCGCCGCAGCCGGAGACGACGGCCGCGAGCUCGACCAGUUCAUGACACACUAUGUCUUGCUACUAUGUUCAUUCAAAGAACAACUACAACAGCAUGUCCGUGUUCACGCUAUGGAAGCAGUGAUGGCUUGUUGGGAACUCGAACAAAAUCUGCAGAGUUUGACAGGUGCCUCGCCUGGUGAGGGCACGGGUGCAACCAUGUCUGAUGGUGAAGAUGAUCAGGCUGAUAGUGAGGCUAACAUGUAUGAUCCUAGCUUGGACGCAGCGGAUAAUAUGGGCUUCGGACUUCCCACAGAAAGUGAACGGUCCCUAAUGGAACGUGUUCGUCAAGAGUUAAAGCAUGAGCUCAAGCAGGGUUAUAAAGAGAAGCUUAUAGACAUCCGAGAAGAAAUUCUUCGCAAGAGAAGAGCAGGAAAGCUCCCAGGAGACACAACUUCUACACUGAAAGCUUGGUGGCAAUCUCAUUCGAAGUGGCCAUACCCAACAGAGGAAGACAAGGCUCGGCUAGUGCAAGAAACAGGGCUACAACUAAAGCAGAUCAACAAUUGGUUCAUCAAUCAAAGGAAAAGGAACUGGCACAGCAACCCAUCUUCAUCCUCCAAUGUCAAAAGCAAACGCAGAAGCAAUGCAGGUGAUAGCAAUUCGUAGCACUUCAUGGGGAUCAGUGCUGAGGGCUGAACGCUGAGCUGAGUGAUUUCCCCGUGAAUGCAUAAGAACAUACAGAAGGCAGCAAUUCGCAGCGGCGUUUAGAUCGGAAAGCUUCUCAUAAGGAGCAGGAUCAGGAUAAACAGCUAUUAGAAUACCAGUUGUUAUUUGUUAACUAAUUGCCUCCAUAGGUAAAUCAUAUAGUUUCUGUAAGUGCUUGAUUUGAAGAUUAGAGGAGUAUUUUUUCCAAAAGGGUUGUAUAAACAUUUAUGUUUGAUUGCUAGAUACCACAUGGUAAUAGUGCCUAUAUAGUAGAUUGACGUUUAUGCUUUA